AUGGAUGAGGGAAAUUAUACCAGAGUGAAAGAAUUUAUUUUCCUGGGAAUUACCCAGUCUUGAGAGCUAAGCUGGGUCUUAUUUGCCUUUUUGUUUUUGGUGUACAUGAUGACUCUGAAGGGAAACCUCAUCAUCAUGGUUACAGUUACCUGGGAAUCUCCUCUUCACACGCCCAUGUACUUCCUGCUCCGUAAUCUGUUUGUUCUCGACCUCUGCUUUUCCUCCAUCACAGCUCCGAAGGUCCUGGUUGAUCUUCUGUCAGAGAGAAAGACCAUCUCCUUCAAUGGCUGUGUCACUCAAAUGUUCUUCUUCCACUUUCUGGGGGGAGCAGAUGUUUUUUCUCUCUCUGUGAUGGCAUUUGAUCACUACGUAGCCAUCUCAAGACCCCUCCACUAUCUGACUAUCAUGAGUAAGGAACGAUGCACUAGCCUGGUGGUGGCCUCCUGGGUGGGGGGCUUUGUCCACUCCAUCGCGCAGAUUUCCUUGUUGCUCCUCUGUGGACCCAAUGUUCUUGACACUUUCUACUGCGAUGUCCCCCAGGUCCUCAAACUCGCCUGUACUGACACUUUUGCACUUGAGCUCCUGAUGAUUUCCAACAAUGGCUUAGUCACUACCCUGUGGUUUAUCUUCUUGCUUGUGUCCUACACAGCCAUCCUCAUAAUGCUGAGGUCUCAGGCAGGGGAGGGCAGGAGGAAAGCCAUCUCCACCUGCCCCUCCCACAUCAUGGUGGUGACCCUGCACUUUGUGCCCUGCAUCUAUGUCUACGCCAGGCCCUUCACUGCCCUCCUGACAGAUACCGCCAUUUCUGUCACCUUCACUGUCAUCUCCCCUCUGUUCAAUCCUAUGAUCUACACCCUGAGAAAUCAGGAAAUGAAGUCAGCCAUGAGGAAACUAAAGAAACAACUAGGGCGUUCAGAAAGGAUUUAA